AUGAAGGAGGGCGAGGUAGGCUCCACUGUGCUAUCCAUCGUAGAGCAAAUUAUCCGAGCAGAAAGCAACACGGACGGCGUGUCCGGCGGACCGGUGGCCAAAGCAGCCAGGUCAAAAGUGAACAAGGCGCCAAGCAGCGGUGCUCCCAAGAGCUACUACCCGGCAAGCUGUGGGCCUGCCGCAAGUUCAGCUCCAGGAAAGCGUGUGGAACGAGCUACUGGCUUUUCCAAGGGCGGUGGACCAGCGGCGCAGAACCGGUGGUGCGACUUCUGUGGAUCGCAAGUUCCAGCCGCCAUGGGCAGCUUCGAUAAUGACGCCACUCUGUGGUAUUGCUUCAAUUGCUGGCAG